AAAAAGGAAAUGAAUAGAUGUUAUUUUGCAUAAAGUCUGCGCUGAGUUAAAAGCUAAACCAGAAGGAAGUUACCAGCACUAUGCUAGAUGGGAGUGCUUCAGUGACAUGUGCUGGCUUUUGAGAAAAUCAAAAAUCUUCAGAUUAGUACUCGGAAUAAUUACCAUGUUUAUUUUAUGUUUACCUGAAUUUUUCAAAAUCCAUGAAGAUAACACUGUAAUGGUGUCAUGCAUGGAUACCUGUUCAUCAAAUAACACCACUUUUCCACUUUGUACUUUUAACAAUUCUUGCCAAAGAUCAGCGCAACAAAGAAGAGAAAACCAGACUAUUUUACUGAAGGCCAUUGUAAAUCAUUCCAGUUUCCAAAAUAUUCCAUGUAUUUGCCAGUCCUCCAGGAGGGAACAACAGUCCCAUACUAAACACACAGAGUGUGAAUCCAAGAGAGAUGUGACUGUUGAUCAUCAAGGAUCAGGGUCAGUAGCUAAAAAGGUGUUGUUUCAAUUUUUGUUUCCAAAACCAGAAGGCUCACUUCAGGUGAAAACAGAAGAUGUUAUUUAUUUUUAUAAAUAUUUUAAUUUCACUACGGUUUCUGAGAAAGAAGGAGUAGAGCAUAAUACUUUCUACCUGCUGGAAAUCCACAUCAACAAUUCUAUAGUUGGAGGAGGAAAUGCAGCCGAAGAAUACCUAAAUGGUUCCUGUCUAGUGGCAAUGAUGGAAGACCCAAAUGACUGUAUAAAUAUUGCACUGCAACUGAAAUCUUAUGUGGAAUAUCCAAUGUGUAUGACGAAGAUCAUUUGGCUCACUAUGAUUCCAGUAGUUUUUGUGUUUACUAUUUCAAUAGUCAUCUACAAAAUAGUCCAAGAAAAUGAACAAAACUAUUGUAAACACAGAGUACCAGCAUCAGUUUCUUCUAUUCUAAGAAGAAAGCAUUCCAGACAUGCAAGAAGAACCAUAUCUGCUACUAAAAUUCAUCCUUUUCCUGUGAAAACCAGCAAACAACAGAUUCCACUUACUGCAGAGACCACAAAGAUACUGCCCAUAAUUCCUGAACAAGAGCAUUGUCAUAUGGGUGCAUCAGCUGUAGGAGGUUAA